GCGCAUGCUCCGUGUGUCUCCUUCAUUGUGCCCCUGUUGAGCUAAGCUAGCUGUCAGUGCAGCAUCACGUCAGGGACGAAACGAAAGAACCGACAAAGAACCGACAAAGAACCGACAAAGAACCGACGUCACACCGCACAAUGGCUGUCCCUCCUUCAUACUCAGACCUGGGCAAGGCUGCCAAGGAUAUAUUCAGCAAAGGCUACGGCUUUGGCGUCGUGAAGCUGGACCUAAAGACCAAAUCACAGAGCGGAGUGAUGGAGUUCAACACAUCCGGCUCCAGUAACACAGACACAGGGAAAGCUGCAGGGAGCCUGGAGACCAAAUACAAGAUGAAGGAGCUGGGCCUGAGCUUCAACCAGAAGUGGAACACGGAUAACACGCUGGCCACUGAAGUCACUGUGGAGGAUCAGUUGACUCAAGGACUGAAGGUCGCCUUGGACGCGUCUUUUGUACCGAACACGGGUAAGAAGAGCGGUAAGCUGAAGACCGGCUACAAGCGUGACUACAUGAACCUGGGCUGUGACGUUGACUUCGAGGGUCCCAUCAUCCACGCUGCUGCUGUGCUGGGCUACGAGGGCUGGCUGGCUGGCUACCAGAUGGCCUUCGACACGGCCAAGUCCAAACUGGCCCAGAACAAUUUCGCCCUCGGAUACCGGGCCGGAGACUUCCAGCUGCACACCAACGUUAACGACGGGACAGAGUUCGGCGGCUCCAUCUAUCAGAAAGUGAACGACGAGCUGGAGACGGCGGUCACUCUGGCCUGGACCGCUGGCAGCAACAACACUCGUUUCGGCAUCGCUGCCAAAUAUAAGCUGGAUAAAGACGCCUCUCUGUCUGCCAAAGUGAACAAUGCCAGUCUGAUCGGAGUAGGCUACACCCAGAGCCUUCGGCCAGGUGUGAAGGUCACCCUCUCCGCCCUGAUCGACGGGAAGAACUUCAACGCCGGCGGACACAAAGUCGGCAUGGGCUUCGAGCUGGAGGCAUAAAAAAAAGGGGGAAGAACUCAAACCCACCAACAAAGAAGAAGAAAAAGCCCUGAACCACAUCACCACACACUCCUCUGCCCUCCCUUCCCCUCCUCACACACACACACACACACUCCUCAUGUAGCCUCACUCUGAACUCGCCCUCCUCCUCGUUCACACAUUUCAUGAGCAGUUCUGACAGUAACAGUCGAGUCUCGGGUCGUGAGGUCGUGUGUUGGAACUGACAGCUGUGGAUCUUUCUCAUGGUUACUGAAGUGACACUAUUUAUUUUCCCUGUAGGUUUUGGAUGAAGUAGUCGUUGGUGUACACGUGUAGCUCUUCUGUAUUCAGCAUGUGAGAAUGAGAGUCAUGGAUGCAGAGCUGAAGGAUUGGUUUAAAAAAAAAAAAA